GCGCACAGUAAUCGCAUCCUUGCGGGAUUUGUCACCACUCAGCAUCAUUCCGUUUUCUUCACAGGGGUGCACAGUAACAGCAGACACAAUUCAUGCAGAAUGAGUGUUUGACUUAUGAGGGAGUUAGUUAAUUUGGAGUGAAGAACAUCAUUACUGAAGUAAAAACGAUUGCGCGACCUUCAAGGACUUGUUACACCUUACAGAGAGGGAUCUGUUGGGUUUGGGGGUCCAAAGUCGUCUCCAUCGCAUCCAUAUUCUCUCCAGUAUCCAAAUGCUGCGGGAGUGUGAAACAAAAAGAGAGCUGAGGAUGAUGGCAGAAGGGAGGUUUUUUAGUCUGCCUAGGAACAUGCAUGUUGGACAGCAGUGUACGCUUGCAUCUUCUAUGGAUCUGCUGAGCUCACAGCCUGCCAUGGCCGAGAUGCCGGUCAGCGGCUACCAGGGAGUCUCCAUCCAUGGUACCCUGCCUCGCAAGAAGAAGAACGGCACUAGUUCCCCUGUGAAGCAGUGGGAGAUGAAUGGAAAUACAGGGUCAUCUGUAGCACCAUACCCGGGCCGAUAUCGCCUGCCACCAUCACCACUAAUACACAACAUUCUUGAAGAACACCAGGCAUUCCACUCAGACAGGACGAGCAGUGUUACAUCCAAUUUUAUCAGAGUUGGAGACUUGGAUAGCAUUGUGAUUAAAUGUCAACCCCCUGAACGUCUGGCUGCAGAAUGCUUCAGCAUUUUGAGUGUGUCUGCCUGCAGGGACGGUGCAGGCAUGGACUCUACCAUGGAGUAUGUCAAGUUUUCAAGGGACAAGUACAUCAUGGAUGGACCACCGGAAAAGCUACGGAGAGAACUAGAAGAAGAACUGAAACUGAGCAGUGAGGAACCACAGAGCCAUGCCUGGUAUCAUGGAGCCAUCCCUAGACAGGUGGCUGAAAACCUGGUUCAGAGAGAUGGAGACUUUCUGAUUCGAGACUCCCUGUCCAGCCCGGGAAACUACGUUCUGACCUGCCAGUGGAAGAACACCCCUCGACACUUCAAAAUCAACAAACGGGUAGUAGCCAUGAAUGAGGCCUACUCACGUGUUCAGUACCUGUUUGAGAAGGAGGGAUUUGACAGCGUCCCUGCGUUGGUGCGAUACUACGUAGGCAACCGUGAGCCGGUAUCUGAGGUUGUCGGAGCGAUUAUCUUUCAGCCAAUCAACAGAGCUUUGCCGCUGAGAUGCCUGGAGGAGAAAUACGGAGUUGGAACUAUACGUGUAGAGGCGGGAUACUCCGAGAAAAAAAGCCUGACUUCCAAACGGUUGAGUCUGAAUAUCAUGAACGGACACACCCAGGAUCACACCCUCAGCCGUGGGAACCUCCUCAGCAAUAAAGAUAAGUGUGGGAGUCAACCAGCAUGUCUAAACCACGUUCAGGAGAGGAGACGGCCACUGAAGACCCAUCAGUCGGAGAGCUUUCUCCCUAUCGGCUGUAGGCCGCAGGCUCAAGUUCAGCAUAUGCAGCACCAGCCGUGCCCCAAAUCCCCAGUUUUCCGCACAGGAAGCGAGCCAGUUCUGAGCCCCACAAUGCCACGUAGAAUGGCCUUUGACACCCAGUCUGGUGCGGCCAUUCAUGGAUCUGACAGCCAGCUGUGUCCCAAACCGCCUCCUAAACCCAGCAAGGUUCCCUCUAUGAGAGUAUCCUGCACUCCAGGCUUGAAGACCCUCUCCCCACCUGUCCCCCCGGUAAAGCCUCAUAAACAUCAACCUUCAUCCCAACAACAGCAGCAGUCGGGCAGUCCAGAACUAAGCUACUGUGAACUGAGUCCAUGCAGGCCUGCCGACUGGGAAAAGAUGAAUAGCUCACAGGCUAAUGGCUAUGUGGAGAAACUAAAGACUGAGGAGGAGUUAAGGAGAAGUAAUAGUAGCGUUAAACUAGACCGUAGCUCCUACCAUAAUUCCAUUGAGGCCUUAAACAACAACAGUGAGGAAGACAAUGAGGAGGACGUGGAUAAAGAACGGGAUUGCAGGAAAGGUUUCCAAAGACCUGUGUUUGAAACUGAAACAGCGUUCAAACCUGGUGACAUCAACUUCCGGCUUCUUCCAGUGGAGAACAAGCCAUUGGAGAUGACAGUCCUGAAGAAAGCCAAAGAGCUGCUUGUCAGCCAGGAUCCAAAGACCAUCGCCAAACACAUCCUGAAAGCAGACUGUCAGGUUGCUAGGAUACUAAAUGUUUCAGAGGAGGUGAAAGAUCAAAUGGGUGUGACCUCUGGGCUGGAGCUGGUGACCCUUCCUCAUGGGAGACAGCUGCGGCAGGACCUCAUGGAAAGGCAUAACACUAUGGCGAUUGGAGUUGCUGUGGAUAUCCUGGGGUGUACAGGAAGUCUGGAGGAGAGAGCAGCCACCCUAAACCGGAUCAUUCUGGUUGCUCUGGAGCUGAAAGACUCCAUGGGAGAUCUUUAUGCCUUUUCCUCCAUAAUGAAAGCACUGGACAUGCCUCAGAUUACCAGACUGGAUCAUACGUGGACUAGUUUGCGAAGAAAAUAUACGCAGUCGGCCAUUAUUUAUGAGAAAUCUUUGAAACCGUUCUACAAAGGACUUUAUAAUGGAAGUGCUGAAAUCCCACUGAGCAAUGCCAGUGUUCCACUGCUAAUGCCGCUGCUCACCUUGAUGGAGAGGCCUGCGGUCACCUUUGAGGGUAUGGACGCCUGGGAGAACAACGACCAAGGCUGUGAAAUCAUGUUCCGGCACUUGGAAGGAGCUCGUGCUGUUGCACGCAAUGCGGACACAUACACCUGCAAUGCACAGCGGAUCCUCCAGGGAUUCCAACCUAAUGAUGACAUGUUGGAGAUCCUGAGGACUGAUUUCCAGUUGCGUCUGCUAUGGGGCAGCAGGGGGGCAGCUGUGGACCAGACAGAGCGACACGACAAAUUCAAACUCAUCCUUACGGCCCUGUCCAGAAAACUAGAGCCUCCAGUCAAACACACAGAACUUUAAACCAGAUACUUUAUGUAGACUCUCUGAAUCUCUCUGUGGAGUCGGAUCAAAGGUCAUCUGCAUCUGAAAAAGGACAUUCUUUAACAGAAUGUGAGCUUCAAAAGAUCACAUGCAGACUGCAAGUUGGAAGCCAUUUAUGAGCAUAAAUGGCACUUGACUAUGGAGAGUUACUUUGUUCCAAAUGCACCUUCCAGAGGUGUGCUGUGCUCCACACUUAUGAAAUGGGCAGGUACAAGUUUUGCCUUCAAGAAAAGGAGGAGAAUAUAUCUAAUGGCCAAUAUAUCAUCCACCCAAAGAAAUACAGAUACCACUGGAGGCAGAGAGAACACUUCAUGAGAGGUGUAUGGAUGUGCUCAAUCAUUUGACACACGAAGUGAUUGAUGAGAGAGGACUGAGAUGAUGGACUACACCUUCAAGACAAAUUUGCAGCUCUAUGAAGGAACAUGAGGUAGUAAUGUUUGUACACUUAGAAAUAUCAUGAAGCCCAUUGGUCGGAGCAGUGUUGAUAUGUUUAAAAAUACAACAUGGAAAAAAAUGUACAUGAUCAUCACUAUAGUGUACGCAUGUAAAGGCUAGUUUGUGUAAUAUAUUGUAUUAAGUAUUACUGACCUGUAAAUAGUCACUCAUAAAUGAAAUAUUCUGAAAAUAUUGAAUAAAUAUCUUAUAAAAGCGU